CCUGCCCGCGCGCCGCUGGGUGCAAGGCUGCGGGGCUUCGCUUGCAGCGCCCGGCGCCCAGCCCUCGGUGCACACCAGCUGCUUGCUCCAGAAACAAGCCCGGAAACCAGAGUGGCCGCUCGCAGGCAGCUGUCACCGCGCCUGAGCCUCAGUGUCCCUGGCACGUGAGUCCCCAUCACUCCCAACUCCACACUGCCACGAGCCACUUCCCCUCCUCAGAUGACUUGGUUUCCUCAUCCACCGGGACAUGUGACACCACCCGGGAUGCAGGAACUGAUCCCCAGGAGGGAGCCAGCACUUGCUCCACACUCGGUGGAUGGACGGCGGCGGUGGCGGUGGCACCGUGGCACUUACUAACCCCAGGCCUUGCUUUACAGGUCCCUUGGAUCAGACUUGUAAAUUCUCUACAGACCUCAGAAACUACGGAGAUGCCCAUUUUCCGCCUCCGCAGGUGUAGAGGACACGGCUGAGCAGUGGGACAAUGGAGUGGGACAAUGGCACCGAGCAGGCUAUGGGCCUGCCCCCCACCACCUGUGUCUACCGGGAGAACUUCAAGCGCCUGCUGCUGACCCCCGUGUACUCGGUGGUGCUAGUGACCGGCCUGCCACUAAACGCCUGCGUCAUCGCCCAGAUCUGCACAUCCCGCCAGGCCCUCACCCGCACGGCCGUCUACACCCUGAACCUGGCCCUGGCUGACCUGCUGUACACCUGCUCCCUGCCGCUGCUCAUCUACAACUACGCCCGCGGGGACCACUGGCCCUUUGGGGACCUCACCUGCCGCCUGGUGCGCUUCCUCUUCUACGCCAACCUGCACGGCAGCAUCCUCUUCCUCACCUGCAUCAGCUUCCAGCGCUACCUGGGCAUCUGCCACCCCCUGGCCCCCUGGCACAAGCGGGGGGGCCGCCGGGCCGCCUGGGUGGUGUGUGGAGCCGUGUGGCUGGCAGUGACCGCCCAGUGUCUGCCCACGGCCAUCUUCGCCGCCACGGGCAUCCAGCGGAACCGAACCGUCUGCUAUGACCUCAGCCCGCCCGUGCUGGCCACCCGCUACAUGCCUUACGGCAUGGCGCUCACGGUGGUCGGCUUCGUGCUGCCCUUCACCGCCCUGCUGGCCUGCUACUGCCGCCUGGCACGCCGCCUGUGCCGCCAGGACGGCCCCGUGGGCCCCGUGGCCCGGGAGCGGCGCGGGAAGGCGGCCCGCAUGGCCGUGGUGGUGGCGGCCGUCUUCGCCAUCAGCUUCCUGCCUUUUCACAUCACCAAGACGGCCUACCUGGCCGUGCGCUCCACGCCUGGCAUCUCCUGCCCCGUGCUGGAAGCCUUUGCGGCCGCCUACAAAGGCACGCGGCCCUUCGCCAGUGCCAACAGCGUGCUGGACCCCAUCCUAUUCUACUUCACCCAGAAGAAGUUUCGCCGGCGGCCACAGGAGCUGCUGCAGAAGCUGACGGCCAAGUGGCAGCGACCGGCUCGCUGAGGCCCGACGCCGGGUGGGGGCGACCAGAAACCCCACGGCCCCUAACCACACUGAGAGCUGAGCUCAGCUGGGUUUGUGGGGUUCCCGCAGAGCCCACAGUCUCAACACCAACGAUUUAGUGGGCCUUUUUCUGGCCGAGGGCCUGUGGCCACAGAGACCGAUGGGCCAGGACAGAUGCCCCACUAGGCCCGCGUUGGCCUGGAGAGCUGGGCGAGCCAUGUACAGGGGCUCUCGAUACGCCUGGCAGAGCAUGUCCACGACGAGUGACGCUCGGGAGUCGCAGGCCAGGGCCUGAGGAAGGUGGGAAGGAGAAAGCGGGUUGAGCUGGGUUUGGAAGGGUGGAUAUGAGCUCUGGGUAGUGUGGGAGGGGGAGAUGUUCCAUUCAGCCAGCAAAAUUUUGCUUAACUCAGAAGAACCCGCCCCGGCACUGCCCCCAACCCCAGUUCCCCGUUACCGAGGGUGUAAAGUCAGCGCAGGGGCCAAGGGAAGCACAGCUGGGGGAGGGGGAGGGGACCCAGACCACCAUUUUGGCCUAGUUUGAGACGUCAGGAGAGACCUCUGUAGAGCUGGGGCCUGAGCUGGGAGACUCCCCAAGGUUAUGUGAAGGAAGCUGCUCCCGUGGCUGGCUGGCCAACUGAGGCAGGAAGCAGACCUUUAAGCACUUGUCCAUUUCCACGAAGCCCUGGGGCGGGGCUGUGCAGAGGCAGGAAAAGGGGCUGGUGGAACCAAAGCCUUUUUUUUUUUUUUUCCUUUUUCGGGCCAUCCCCGGUGGUGCUCAGGAGUCCCUCCUGCCUCUGCACUCAGCCACAUCCAAGGCAAGCACCGUGCUGGCUGUGCUCCAGCCCCCAGAACCAGAGCAUUCAAAGCGGGAAGGGCUCCGUUUCCCUCUCCUCCAUCCACCUCUUCUAAGGGCGCCUCGUUCAGUCUCAGGGUGUCUCUGCUCGGGGGGGCACCUCCACUCGCCUCCAUGCAUGGGGACUUGGUUCUCACGGUGCUUCACUCUAGAGACGUCAGCUGCUGGGCCCCAGGAACUGCUCUGUGGGUAGAUCCUGGGGUCAGGAACCCGGGACUGGGCCUGCUGGCUCUACACUCUGGCGCACGGACCCCUGGGCACCAUCAUUUAUGGAGGAAUGUGACCCUGUCCAUUCACUUAGUCACCAACACUGACAGGAAAGGAAGAAGUGAAACCACUCUGACGUGGCAGUGGCGCGCCAGUACAGCGGGGAGGGCAUUUGUCUUUCACGUAGCCAACCCAGGCUCUAUCCCCAGCAUCCCCGGUGAUCCCCCAGUACCGCAAGGAAUAAUUCCUGAGCCUUGCUGGGAGUGGCCCAAAAUACAAAACAAACCAGAAAGAGCGCUAAGGUACACCUUCGGGUGUCCACGGGAACCAGUGUGUGUUUUGCAGCCGCCGAGGAGGGGACCUCAGGCCCAGCACCCUUGUAGGGGGACUGGCAGUGUGAACCGAAGGGACCCUUGAUUCUCCAGCAACCCAGGCUAUAGACAUGGGGGGCGGCGGGCGUGAGAAGACAGACCGGUGCUUAUUUCCUACUGGACGCCACGCCCAGCAGGUCCGAUGGUGGGCCCCUCCCCUUUCUUUCUUGUUCUGAACCUGAGCCACAGGCCUUGGCAGCCCCAUCGGGUGAUGGGGAAGAGAGGAUGGCACAGGGUCAUGGCCACGGCCCAGGCUGAGCCCUGCAGGCUCUCGGGUGAAGGGCCCAGCAGGCAGCCAAGAGCUAGGCUGCUGCGGGUACUUCUCCAAGAAGGGGGAAAGCCCUUUCCCACAUGCUGUAGGGAGCGGAACGGCCUAGAGGCUGCAAGCUGGAGCUCCGGCACCCUGAGGAGUGAGUGACCCGGCCCUACUGCUUACUAAUCGCUGCUCUGGGCUCAUUUUGUAACCUCAUCAUGCCUUAACUUCCCUGACAGUAAA